UUUGCUUCAAAGCAGCAGCCAGCGACGCAGUUACUCCGGAUCAGAACCGGGAGAUCGGGGCUGGUUUGGCCAAAGCUCUUGACCAGGGAACGAGGCGACAUCAGGAGAGGGCGAAAUCAUUCGGAUCGUGCACCGGCUCGCGCGGCUUCCAGGAUAUCUUUCAAUCUCCCGAUCUAAUCUACAGCUCUGAAAUUUCCUGAUAGUCUCCCAUCCCUGAACUAGCCAGAUCUGGCCCUGCUUAGCUGUUGAACCCAGACAAAUUCAAUUACCGUCAUGAGAGGUAGUGGCAAUACCAAUUGGAUAAUGCUGAUGGCUUCAGCACUGACCAUGUUUUGGGCCAAUGCAAAGGAUACAGAAGAUCAUUGUUUACCUGGAGGGAAGCACAAAGCCAAUCCAAGCGCAGAAGAAGAGUUGGGCAUCUGCCAGAUUUAUGCAGAAAAUGCCUGUUGCUCACCAGACUUUGCCCAGGAACUUUCCAAAGCCAAUGCUGGAUCUUGGAAUCAUUGUGGAAGCCUCAGCAUCAGGUGUGAGGAAUACCUUCGGCAACUGGAUUGUUUUUACCAUUGCUCCCCCAUUGCUGCUCAAUGGCCUCAUCCUCAACAACCCACAGCCCUGAUGGCUGUACCUCUCUGCCAGAAUUUCUGUGACCAAUGGUAUGAUGCUUGCAGAGAAGAUCUGACCUGCCUUGGCAACUGGCCCUGGGGAACCGAUGGACAUAACUGCAGUCAGGAAUGUCAUUCCUUUGGCCAGAUGUAUAAGGAUGGCAAGGAGCUGUGUGAGAACAUCUGGGAUGAUGCUUUCAUAGUAAGCACUGACCCUUGCCAAUGCCUGAUGCUGGAUGCCUCGGACACAGCCUUCUCCACCUCUUAUUCUCAUCUCAAAGAGAGCGACAGCCUAAAAGAGAUAGAAAUCAACAAGGCAGGCAAGGAAAGAAAAGAUCGUGUGAGCCCUUGCAGGGGCAACCUUUUACUUCAGCGUCUGAGAAGGAAUCUGCAGAAGCGUUCUAUUUUUGUGGAAGACAUGGAGGGAAGUGGAAGUGGAUUCUAAUCCAAGGUAACCAUCCUUCCCGAAGAAAAAAAGCCCCCUCUCCAGUGAUUGCCUGGGGCUUGGGGGGAUCGCUUGUGAUCUAUGCAAUUCUGUCACAUCCCAUACUACCAGCUUCCUGCCAUCUUCUACAACUCUGUGCAUCUCAUGGCGUAGACUGUGAAUCUGGCACCUUCCAGGACUUUGAGCCCUAGGUCCUAGCAGUAGAGAUUAGACCAUUAGGGCACCUCUUGGGAACUUGCCUAGAACCAAGAUUUCCCCAAAUAUUCAGAGUAGAAAAGGUGUUAGAGAACAGUAAGCAUUUCCUUCUCCAUAUUCUUUGUGUCUUAAGAGCUGGCUUGAGGAAGUCAUCGUAGAACGCAAAAGGCCAUUCAUGAGCACUAGCUGAAGGGAAAGCAGCCUUCAUAGGCAUUAGCUGAAGGAAAAUAUCUGCAAGGGAGAGCAUGAACAAGGGUGGAGUGGGGGUGGAGUGAAACAAUCAAUGCUGGAAAAGUUAGCCUCGGUUGUUGCCAUGGCUUCAAAUACAAUUGCAAGUAGGGCUACAAGUAAAACGGAAGGAUCUUCCUGAGCUCAAAAAGAAAAGGGGAAAUAGGGAAAGUUAGCUUAGAGACCAGCAUGGCUGACUUUCCUUAUUGCAUUUGUAUGCUGGAAAGCAAUGGUGACUGGGGGACCAGCAUUGCUAGGUUACUAAACUGGAUUACAUCCAAAACUGAAUUUAUUUUUCAAAGCAACCCAAUCCGAGUGGGGUGGAGAGAGAUUGUACAAAAGAGCAUGGUUACAUGGUUACAACCCAUAUGUCAAGGAAAACCUUUGGAUAAUAAACAUAGCAUCUGAACUGAAGUGGUCAGUGUAGAUAUAUGCCAGUCAGAAAACAUCUAAUCAGUGGUGGCAGUGAGACUCCAAGAGUUGUCAUGCUCACAUCUUUACAUAGUGCUCCUUGAGCUUUCCCCAACUAUCCUCUCCACUCUAAACACUAUUCAAAUCACCCUUGUAAUAUUGUACACCCAAAACAGAUCCGUCUGUCUCUUCAUCCAUCCUCAUUUAUCAGCUAUAUUUCACAUUCCUGUUAACCUUGGCUACGCUUACUGCAAAUGACAUAUUAUGGAUUGAUUCAAACCUAUUAAUAUUGUGGGAAAUAAAAAAAAUGGAAUAUGUGUUUGUAUUUUAUAAUGAAAUGUGUAAAAAAAUAUCAGUGUAGAGGACCGAAUCUUAGUGAUUAUUCUAGAAGGCAUUCUGUAUAUUCUAUACAGCUCUGAAAAGAAGAAUAUCUGCCCAAUUUAUCAUAUACCAGAUAAAAGAGGAUUAGUAAUAUCAUGAAGCGUUGCCAAUACUCUCUUGGUGGAAGGGCUUAUGGGAAACCAGCAUUUCUUUGACAAAUUGUAUAUUUCAUACUCCCAAAAGGUUGUUACUAAAACAGGUAAGAUUUGACCAGGGAAACAUCCAACCUGGUUAAAUGCUUAAUGACAUUAGGGACGAUGGUAAAUUAAACAGAAAUGUGGUGGAAUUUCUAUCCAUAUUUCAAAAUAUCCUUUUUUGAUUUUUCAUAUAUCAUAAACCAGUUGACAAAAUAUAGUGACUGUAGUUACACACUGCAUGAAGGCAUACUGACAUCUGGGCAACUGGCAUUUUAGUAAAAGCACUUUUUGAACAACACACAGGAUAUUAAUGUAAAUAACUGUCUUUUUUUCCAUUGUUCCACUUGAUAACAAUCGGAGGCCAUCUAGAUAUUACUGGAUUACAACCCUCAAUGUAUCUCACCAUCAUCUAUGCUACCUGGAGCUGCUGGGAACAGCAUCUGCAGGCCACAAGCAAGCUAUUUAGGGACUAAACUAAGCUUUCAAGAUUGGAUUAUAUAACCCUGAAAUAGGAUUGUUAUGUCCUGCUGAGCAGGCCAUGUUCUAGCACUGCCAAGGAGAAUGCAACAAACAUGACUUAGCCUCUGAGGAAAGGGAAAGGAGAUGGAAAGCCUGGAAAUUAAUUUAGACAGAUGAGAAGGGUGGAUGGAUAGUCAAAGGCAAGUACGCUAAUAUUCUUCUAUGUCAAAAGAGGCUUGGUACAGAAGCAGAUCUUGGAGGCUCUUGAAGAGAAAUGAAAGGAACUUGUUCAAAGAGAGGGUAGGGUGUCUUAAAAUAGAAAGAAACAUGCUAAGCUUUCAGAGAGGAAAAAGAUGAGGAACUGAAGUAGAAGAGCAUGUGCAAACUUGGAAGACAAAAUGGAAUUAUAGUUAUAUAUCAAAGGAGUAACAGGGCUGGAAAGAUAAUACAUUAUUAAAAAUAAAGGCCUGCUAUACGCAGGUUUACUUUCCCCCACACUGAGGCAGUGUCAUAUUGCCAAGCAACAGCAGUAACGGCAACAUUUCAAUGAUGCUUACUUUAAGGGUCUUCUGUAACAACCCUGUAAAGAGGAUAAAUGUGGUGCCUGGAGAUGGGUUGAAAGGUCAGCUAAUCAGUUUAUGAUUUAAGUGAAAUUUCAAACAGGGACUUCAUUUCAGUUUCAAGAUCACAAAUACUUCUUUCAACUCUUGAUCUUUCCCAAGCAGUAGCCCAUCCUCACUUCACAGAAAAUCAAGACUGGACAAAAAAUAUACAAAAGCAAAGUCUUAACUAAGAAAGGUUUCUUGGUGUGAUUUUUAUUUCUACAGUACCGUAAAUAAAAGUAUUUUUUUAAUAAUUUCAUUAUCUAACCCAGCAUACAUACAUACAAACAUAUUACCAUAUUUUUCAGAGUAUAAGUCCCACUGGAGAAUAAGACUUAGCUUAGUUUUUGGGCAAGAAAAUAGGAAAAAAAAUCUGCCUACCAGGUAACUUUACAGCCAAGUCGGAGGAAGCAGGCAAAGCACAGAUUGCUUCACUCGCUAG